AUGUCUCCCACUGGCUUAACACCGAUCGUACGAUCGGUUGAGUCAUUAGCGCCGGCGCACAGCACCUGUACCUCGUGUCACACCAGCGCUACACAGCACUACGAGAGGGAAAUCAUCGGCUUUUCGGACGACUUGUCGACCGUAAGCUUCUACGAGCGCCGGUACUACGUGUUCGACCCGAUCAAGACUACCGGUUCCCUCGACGACAACAUAACUGUGAUCAACGCACCGUUCGCUGCGUUGGGCUCAAUCAUACCGAAGCUGGUGGACGGCCUACCGCUACCUCCGUUUUUCUCAUCGCUGCCAUACCGGGCCGUCAACUCAUUUCUCGAGAGCCACAAGCAGUCGCUGUUCGUGAACACAACGGUCCGGGACCUCCUAUUCGGCUAUAAGCUGGACAUACUGGACACGGCCGAGGGGUUCGCGCACACCCUCUCCACCUUCGGGAUCGACGACUUCAUGCCCCGCGAGUUCUUUCCCAACAACUCGUUCGGUGUACUGAACGGCCGCAACGGCACACUCGACGGCCCCUUCGAGGUCUACACCGGACUGGCCGGCACUCAGGACGACUUCGGCGCUUUCAAGUCCUGGAAGAAUCAGUCUCGACUGAAUUGGUGGAAAGCGGACGCGUGUAACGCCAUCAAUGGCACCGACGGUACGAUUUGGCCGCCAUUUAUCGAUAAGUCAAAGCGACUAAACUUUUACGUACCCGAUGUGUGCCGCUCAUUAUACGUGACAUUUCAAGAGGAAUCGGAGCUCAAAGGCAUCAAAACCUACAUAUACUCAGCGCCGGACGACGUGAUGAACGGCAUGGAAACAAAUCCGGAGAACGAGUGCUUCUGUAUGAACGACAAGACAGACCACUGCCGACUGGACGGCGUCUAUGACAUGAGCGCCUGCCAGCACGACAUACCCAUAAUCGUCUCACUGCCCCACUUCCUGGGCGGCGAUAAGCGCAUCACUGACCGCAUCGAAGGCCUUAAACCUGACCCGAAGCUGCACCGGUCGGUCAUACACGUGGAACCGACAUUAGGGGCUGUCAUACACGGGGACAGUAAGCUUCAGAUGGCUAUCCGAGUGCCAAAGAAUGAAUACAUAAGAGGUUUUGAGAAUCUCGACGACGAUCUCUACAUUCCCCUCUUCUGGGGCUAUAAGGUAUGUGUCGGUGACCGCACCCGGCGUUCAUGCCAAAUUGGGUAUUUCUGACGACUUCGCGGCCGAACUUAAGUCAAGACUUUUCACACCAAUAAUUGUCAUUAAAUACAUAAUUAUUAUGGGAAUCAUAACCGGGUUUCUAAUGCUAUUCAUUUCCAUUUUGUUGGCCUUUUUAUGCCAAACUCAGGUAAUUAUUGCAUAAUUGA